AUGUUGACUGUCUCAAAUACUUAUAAAGAUACUUCAAGCCAGGGCGUUCUCAAGAUGCUUGGAAUUACAACAUCCAUGACACGGAAGAGGAAGGCCACGGGAAAGACGGUUUCUUCCAAAGAAAUUCCUGGAUUUUCCAAGUGGAUAGCCUCUGAAGUGUACAUUGAGGAUAGAAUUGUGGAAUCUACAUUGGAGACAUUAUCUUUGAAUAUGAUUGAGAAUAUUGAUUGGAUGAAUAAUGCGAUGGAUGACAUUCUUUAUAUUGGAACUGCAGAUUUCGAAGAUUUGGAUAAUGAAGAGAGCGGGAAAGUUGGAAUUGCAGAGAGAGAUGAAAAAAUUGAUGAGAACGACAAAGGGAUUCAAAAUAGAAAGGAAAACGACAAUGGAGAUGAGAAUAUAAAAGGAAAUGAGAACGACAACAAGAAGGAUAUUGAAAAGAAAGAUAGAAUAUUGAAUGAACAUGAAAAUGAAAACGGAAAUCAAAACGAAAACAAAAACACAAACAACAAUGGAGAAAAGGAUGUAAAUGGUUACCAACAUGACAGCAGCAUGAAAAAUGACAAGGGAAAUCAAAAAGCUGAUGUUCAGUCAAACAUAUCGCCAGUACAACCUGAAGGAAACUCUUUUUUAUUGCUGAAAUCUCCUAGACGAUAUCGGUCGCCAUCGUCCCCGAUAAAAGAAAGUAAUCGUCGACAGAUUGAGAUAAUUAAAAACACAACAACAUUAUUAGUGGAACAAGAGCAUGAUAUUCAAGCGACCGAGUAUGCUGAUGGAAGUAACGACUCAUUUGACAUGAUAAGGAAUGAUAUCAGAAAGUCUUUUGCAGCCAAGCAGAAAAUUUUGGAAUUGAAAACGUCGCCCUACAAACCCGAUACCAAGACUUCACCUUCUAAGAAUGAAAAGAAAAGUCCAGAGGAGGAAAUCAAAGAAUUGUCACGACUUAUUGACCAUGCUAGUGAUGGGAUAUUUAGUGAUGAAAGUGACGAUACAACGUUAAACUUGAAAACCCUUGAGAAGAUAGAACUAUCUCAGGUGAAGAAAAAAUCAAGCAAUGGGUACAAAUCGCCUAUUAAGUUUUCGGAAAUGCCAAUGCUAGAGCCUUUGACGUUAGGUUCGACCCGUAAGAAAUCGAUUAUCAAGAAGACAAGUUUACCGAGGCUCAAAAGUAGACCAUCUGGAGCUACGCCUAGUCAUGGGAUGGUUUUUGAAGAAAGGCGACUUGAUGACAAAAGAAAAAGCUUGCGAAAGAGCAUUUCGGAUAGGAAGAGUCUGACCUUACAACUAAAGCCAUUACCCAAGGACACGUUUAUGAGUGCUAACACUUCUACCGAUGAACCCACGAUCAAGCUCAACCGUAAUUUCACCAAGAAGGUGAAGCAGGAACGGGAGAAACAUGAAAAGGAGAGAUAUGAAAGGGUCCUAAUGGAAAAGGAAAAACGAGAGAAGAAAAGGAAAGAAGAAGAGGAAAACGAAAGGGAAAGGGAAAGAAAGAAGACAAUAAAAGAGGAAAAGGAAAAGGAGAAUAAAAAUCCUUACAAGACACCCACUCAAAGUACCAAAACAAAUUCAGAAAAAAAUGACUUGAUUUCAAGAUUGAUGCAACCGACAGAGUCUAGUCGAAGGAAAAGUCGACACUCUACCAUUGGAUCUCCCAAUAAAUCUGCUAAAACAAGUACGAAAACCACACCCCGUCAUGCAGUUAGUAAAUUGGACAGUACUUCUGCUGUUAAGCUGAAUGCACCUGUUCUUGUUCCUACUGCAGCUGCAACGAUGCCUUCGCUUUUACCUGCUCUUGAUCUCGGUAAUGAACGAAGGUCGCCGCUCAAGAAGCAACAGUUACCAUUAACGAAACGAAGCUUGAAGUCUUCGACAGAUUUCGAUCAAUACAAAAAUAGGCCACUAGAUGGAGACGUUGAACUAGGUGGGAUGCUCUACCAUCAUAGAAAGAAUAACAGCAUUGCUGGUGGUAGCAGGAUACCUGUUCUAAAAAAGAGUCAUUUAGUUUCAAACACUAUCAAGCCUAUAAUCAAGACUACUGACACGGCUACGAGCACCAACAUUCUGCCCGAUGAUAUUCCAAUGCUAGCUUCCGAGAACGAAGAUGAAGGUCCCGAGACUUCCCACUAUGUUCCGUCUGGAGAUGAUGGUGAAUGGUUUUCCGAGAAGAACCUCCAACGGCAGCUUUACAUACAACGUGGGGUGAAUCCCGAAAGUGUUUUCGGAAAACCUGCCAAGUUUGAAUGUGAGACAGUUUUUGGGAGGAAAUACGGUCCCAACGUGAACUUUGACUGGAGUAUGUAUCGGCCUCCUACUACUGAAGAGAGGGCAGCCUACAUGAAAUCUAUGCGGUACGGGUUAUAG